AUGGUUUUCUUCAAGUCCCAAGUCUUGCCCUAUCUGGCGCUCGUCCAGCUCUGCGCGGCAGCCGCCAUUGACAACCGGGACAUUGCUCGGCGUGCAACUGCCUUCCGCGACAACUACGGCAGUAACAUGUGUCUCCAGGUCGAAUGUGACACGACGAUCUGCGCUGAGUCCGUAGACGACGCCCUCGCCGUGGCGUCCGGCGGGGUCAGCCUGAUCGUGGGCCCCGACUGCGCGGGAUGGAAGGAUGGCGCUCCUACUGAGCUUGCACCUGGCAACAACGGCACGACUUGCCCCAAGGGCCGUAAGCUCUACCGGGGCAGCUUGAUGGUAUGGCGAGCGUGGAGCAACGUCAGCGCGAAGAAGGACUACCAUGCCGAGUUUCUUGAGUGGGAGAACUUCAAGGGCGCCCAAUGCUGGGGCAGGAAGGACGUCCAGUGUCAGAAGGAUGGGGUUAAGAUGGCCCCGGACCCGAACACCGCUAUUUGUGAGCCGUGGGGCCUGUGA